AUGGCCAAAAUCAUCGUUGAAGUGACAACAACAACCACCGAGGCAUCAUGCAUUCCGCUGGCGCAAUCCACCACCACCACCACCCACCACCACAAACCUUCAGCGGCGCCUUCAGCAACCCACGCUAGUGGCCGCCACCAAAUUGGCCUUUUAAGCAGCUUCAUGCGUCGCUUAUUAAAACUUUUGAUUAGCUGCAUUCUCAUGCCGGCCAUACAACAUCACAUUCACAUUAAUUGGUCUCCAAUGUCCACAUCUCCAACGUCCAGCAUGGUGGUGCAUGCAUCUGCCAUCUCCGUUUCUGUCUCGAUGUCCACAACGAAUGCAACCAAUGUCGCCGGAGUGUCUGUGCGUAGCGCUGACCAUGACGUCGGUGUUAUGUCUGCUGCAGCGGCUUUGUCCGGCUUGGGUUCACGUGCGCCCGCUUCCUGGUCGGUGGCUGCUUCUCACAUGCGCUUGACGCAACGCAACAAUCAUGCGAAUAUUUCCGAGUUGCUGGACAAUUUAUCGGGCUAUGAUAAUAGCAUACGACCGGGAUUUGGCGGUCCACCUACUACAGUUGAAGUUGAUAUAAUGGUACGCAGUAUGGGCCCCAUUUCCGAAGUGGAUAUGACAUAUUCCAUGGAUUGCUAUUUCCGUCAAUCGUGGGUGGAUAAACGUUUAGCCUUCAAGGGCGCACAGGAUACAUUGGCUUUGAGUGUUUCGAUGUUGGCACGCAUUUGGAAACCCGACACUUACUUCUAUAAUGGGAAACAAAGUUAUCUACAUACCAUUACGACACCAAAUAAAUUUGUGCGCAUCUAUCAGAAUGGCAGGGUGUUAUAUUCGAGCAGAUUAACAAUCAAAGCUGGCUGUCCAAUGAAUUUAGAAGACUUUCCUAUGGAUAUACAAAAGUGUCCACUAAAGUUUGGCUCAUUUGGCUACACGACAGCGGAUGUUGUUUAUCGUUGGAAUCGCGAGCGACCAGCUGUUGCCAUUGCUGAGGAUAUGAAAUUGUCACAAUUCGAUUUGGUUGAUUGCCCCGCUGGCAACCUCACCGAUGUGAUCUACAAAGCCGCUGCACCGCAUGAUGCAACAUCGGACAGCAGCAACAAUAGGGGUGGCAAUAGAAAUAGCAACAAUUACUACUACAACAACAAGAAUACGGGCAACGAUUUCAACCACAAUCGUUACAAUCAGAAAUAUGGCAGCAAAUCGAUGAGUACGUUUGCGGGGCCGGGUGCAAAGAAUCAACAUGUACGCGGUACUGGGUCGCAGUUGGACAAAGGUGCCUUUGGUGCUGAGUACUCAAUGUUAAUGGUUAAUUUUCACCUACAACGCCAUAUGGGCAAUUUUCUCAUACAAGUCUACGGCCCUUGCUGUCUACUGGUCGUUCUAUCCUGGGUCUCGUUCUGGCUUAAUCGUGAAGCUACCGCAGAUCGCGUCUCGCUGGGCAUAACCACCGUACUGACAAUGACAUUUCUCGGUUUGGAGGCACGUACCGAUCUGCCAAAGGUGCCUUACCUCACCGCAUUGGAUUUCUUCGUAUUCCUCUCUUUCGCCUUCAUCUUUGCUACAAUUCUACAAUUCGCUGUCGUACAUUACUUUACCAAAUAUGGUUCGGGCGAAUGUUAUUUCAUUAUAGAGGAAAUGGAUUCGGAUACCGAAUCGGAUGCUGAUGCACGUACGCUUAAAAGCGAAUUCAAUGAGAGCACCGAUUCAAGGCUCUAUGAAGUUAUACCGCUUUCGAUGUGUUCGAUACCGAUACAUGGCGCGGGCAAAGGUUCGACGAGCAGCAGCGGCAUCGGUGUGGGUGCACGGUCUCGUCGCAAUUCAGGCGCGAAUCGGCGUAUGCUUGCCGGCGGUAGAAAUGAAGCUGCUGGUGGUGGUCGUUACAACUUCAAUUGUUUCGCGUGGCCAUGUUUCCGACGUCGCAAGCGAGGGCGCGUCGGGUUCGAUAUGUCCGACGAGGAUGAUGAGGAGGCACAUUUGCGAGCGAGUGAAGAACCCACUCCACAUCGUGCCUCCGGCAAGAGACGCAUGUCCUUCUAUCGACGCGAAGAGUUAGAGGCGCGUCGCAAAGGUAAGCGUGUGCCGCAGUACAAUUCCGUUUCGAAAAUCGAUCGCGCAUCACGUAUCGUCUUUCCGAUGCUCUUUCUACUCAUCAAUGUAUUCUAUUGGUAUGGUUAUUUGUCGCGCAGCUCACGAAUAUUAGCGAAUACGCCAACGACCACCUGAUGUUACCUUUUAGCAAUUUAGAGCAAGUCCGAGAGGAAAUCAAACGAAUGGCAAUGGAGCAGCGUGUAAGGGGCGUAGCAUCACUUACUUAUUUGGAAUAAAACCUUAUUAAUUUGCUAAAUGCUGGUAGUACGAAUUUGGUGUGAUGAUAAAUUAUUUAAAUCAAAAACAUAUUUUUAGAAAGAGAAAAUUUAGGAACAAAUGCUGCCGUUUACAUUGAAAAAAAAAAAACGGGAAAACAACAAAUUUCAAGAG